AUGAGUAUAAUAAAAUUUAAUAAUAAUAAAAUAUCUAUCGAUACACUUAUAGGUGUUUAUAAUUUACCUCCUAUAGAAAAUAAUAAUUAUUGUGGAUUACCAGAUAAUUUCAAAUGUGAUAUAAAUCAAACCACUAUAUUAUCAAUAAAUUUAAGUGGUUCUGAAACAAAUAAACCAGUUUUUCCCGAUCAAAUAAUCGGAACAUUUAAAAAUGUUUCUGAAAUUAAAAUUUCAAAUUCUAAUGUCUCAUUAGAUUUUUUUAAAGAAUACCCAAAUACUUUGUCUACUUUGACAUUAGAAAGUUGUGGUAUUCCAAAUUUCCCACCAUCACUAAAAACUUUAAAAAAUUUAUAUAUGUACGAUUUACUUUUUAGUGGUAAUAUAACAACAACUUCAAUUAAUUUUUUAAGUAUAUUUAAAUUAAAAUAUUCAUCAAGUGAUCUAAUAAGUGAUUACCAAUUUAUAAAUGAUGGUAAUAGUGGUGCUACAAAAACCCAAGUAAUUUAUGAAAUAACGAUGAACAAUAUUCAUAAAUUUUCUAAAAAUUCUUUUGCUGAAGUAACAAUUAUUUUAGGAAAAUAUUUCAAUCCUGAUGGUUUAGUAAAUUUACAAACAAUAAAUUCAGCAAAGUUAACAAUGAUUGAUAUUGGUCAUUUUAAUAUGCCUAUGAAUGUGGAUGGUCUUUUCACUUUUAAUGGAGCUCAAUUAAAUUUUAAAAAUAUUCAUUUUAAUUUACCAAAUGAUAAAGAUAAUUUAGAUUUCACAAAUAGUACAAAACUAUUUACUCAAAUGGAAAUUAAUAAUUGUACUGGUUUAAUAAAUUCAACUGGUGAUUUAAGAGUUUUACUUAGUAGUGGUAUUAAAUUUUUAGGAAUUAUAAAGUCAAAUUUAAUUAAAUUACCACCAUUAUCAUUUUAUUAUGGUAAAUUAAAUGUGUUUGGAUUAAAAGGUAAUAGAAUUACUGGAUCAUUACCAGAUAUACCAGAACCAAAUGAUAAACAACAAACCAUUACACUUGAUUUCUCUGAAAAUUUAUUUACAGGUUCAAUACCGCAAAAUUAUUGUUAUCAUUAUGUGAAUAUUUCAAAUAAUUUUUUAGAUGGUCAAUUACCAAUGUGUUUUAUUUGUAUAUUAAAUGAUUAUUAUUUAAGAUCGAUUGUUGAUAAUAAUGAUUUCCCAAAUUUUAGCAGAGGUUCAAUUAGUAAUUUCCCACAAUGUACUGGUAUAUCAUUUUCAAGUAAAUUACCAAUUACAUCGGGUGGUAAUAGUAUUGUAAAUGGUACAAAUUUUGGUUGGAAUUCUUUAAAUCCUAAAUAUUCUCCAUAUUCAAUUACAUCAAAUCCAAAUUUAGAUUUAUUACUAUCAAUUCCAAAUAAACAAAUUUCCAUUGGUGUUGUAUCAUAUGAAGAAUUUGAAAUUUUUAAAAAAACAAAUUUCACAAGUAAUGUUUUCUUUUCAAUUCCAAACAUUACAAUUAAAGUAGAAUUGGAUGUUUUAAAGCCAGUGAUUAAAGAAGUUCGUUCUUAUCCAUAUUUUAAUUCAGGUUAUGGUUUUAUGAUUCUUGGUACUGGUUUCUCUUAUCAAUCAGAAUCUUCAUCACAAACUAUUGUAACAUUUGGUAAUUAUAAAUGUUCUUUGGUUUCAUCUAGUGGUAAUUUCAUUGAAUGUAUAGUUUAUGAAAAACAAUUGGCCGAAAGAGUUUAUACCAUUACAGUGAAUAAUAAUCAAACUUUUCUAUCUGGUGAUUAUCAAUUUAAAUUCCAAAGAACUUAUCCAUACAUUACUGCUAUUAAUCCACCAACUACCAAUGGUGGUGUUGUAGUGGUUUUUGGUAGUUAUGGUCCAAAUCAUACAGUUGUUGAUCUAUUGAUUGGUCAACAACAAUGUAAUAUAGAAACUAUGAAUUCAUCGGUUAUCAUAUGUUCAAUUGGUGGUGGUUCAGGUGUUCAAAAUAUAAGUUUAACAGUUGAUGGUGUAAAUUGGUUUGGACUUGAAUAUUUUAGAUAUAAAGAUCAAGAAUUGACAUGUCCAGGUACACCUCCUUGUAGUGGUAAUGGUGAUUGUUUAAAUGGUUAUUGCGUUUGUGAUGGUGGUUUUGGUGGUGAAAUUUGUAAACAACUUUUCACUGAUGAUCCUGUAGUUAGAAGGAAUGAUACCCUAACACAGAUGAUUAAGAAUGGUUAUUCAUUUGGUUUUUCAAUUACAGAUAUUAGAGAAAUUGAUUUCAAUGGUAAAACAGUUAGACAACAUAAUUUCACAAGUUGGUCAUUAACGCCAGAUUCAACCAUUUUGAAAUGGACUUAUGUAAAUUACUAUAGUGGUGGUGGUGAACAAAAUUCAAUCAUUUCAUAUACAAUUGAACAAAUUACAGGUACAGCAAAAACUUUUACAUUUGCAGGUGAACAAUUUACACUUCAACCUGGUUCUUUAAAAUUAUCAGCAAACAUUUCAAAUUGGGAAUAUUUAGGACCACUUAAUACUCUACAACUUCAAAUUCAAUCAUCAGUUAAAGUAGAUGCAGCACAAGAUGAGAAUGAAUGUCAUCAAAAAUCAAAUAUCAAUUCAAAUGGUGAUGGUGUAUCAUUAAAUUAUAUUACUAUUCAAAAAGAUAAAAAUGUAUUCAGUGGUAGAUUCAUUGAUAAGGUACUCUCUGAUGGUAGACCUACCUUUUCAAAAGUUUCAAUCUCUGAACAAACAGAAGAUUCAAUCACAGUUUCAAUAUCAUUACCUUAUUGUAAAGAAUGUUUAAUUGACCCUGAUUUCUCUGUACUUUUAUCUCAAGAUGAUUCAAUCAAUUCUUGUGGUGGAAGCUCUUCAAGAUUAAAAUGGGUAAUACCAACAAGUAUUAUCUUGGGUUUAUUAGGUAUCAUUGGUAUUGCAAUUGGUGCUUAUUUCUUACUAAGAAAUAGACUUUAUGUAUCUCGUUCUGGUGUAAUUGUUUUAAAAAAAUCAACAAAGAGUUCUUCUGAUUCUUCUCGUGCUUAA